UUUGGAGAACAAAAAAACUAUAUAUUUGAUGUUAUAAAGUUUCUUUUUCGAAGAUGCUUUAACUUACUAUUCAAUUAGCUAACAAAUUGUUUGCAAAUCUGCCUUAAAUGAAGAGUUUAUGCACUGUGCAUCUCCUCGGCAAGCAAAUGGUGAAGUCCUUUGAGAAUGUAAGAAAAGAAGAGAUAAACGCAGUGAUGCAGAAGCUUGAGAAAGCUAGUUCUUCUUCUUUAUCGGUAAAUCUAAGCGAUUUACUACUUAACAUGUCAAACAAUGUCAUAUGUAAAAUUGCAAUGGGAAGAAAAUAUAGCCGUGAAGAAAACACUAGCGAUUUUGAAAAUCAACUGAGAAAAAUCUGUGACAACCCGUCCUGCGGACCCCCGAAAAUAAGUUUCCUAAAAUGAAAACUUUUCUAAAAUGAAACUUCUCCUAAAAUAGAAACUUUUCUAAAAUAGCAACUUUUCUAAAAUAGAUUUCUAUAACUAGAAAUAUGGUGGCGACAAACUUACUAGAAAAUCCACUGGAAGUUCCCCCAGAAAUCCCACCGGAAGCUCGCCAAGAAAUCCCGCCGGAAGCUCACACGGAAAGUCCACCGAAAAAAUUCACUAGUGACUGGUUGUUGGAUAAUUCAACAACUCGUCACGCGCAAAGAAAUACCUUUGACUUGAUGAAUAAAAAAAAGAUGGUGGAGUUUCUUAUAUAGAAGAAGGUUUUCUAAACUUCCAAUGUGGGACAAAAUAAGAAAAGAGUAUUGGACUUUAAUUUUUUAAUAAUAGCCAAAAAUGCCUCACCAAAAAUCAGAUAAACAGUCAAAGCUUAAGCUGAUUUUCAUCAUAUUACUGAUUUCGUUCCUUAUUAUGGUCUUCACUGAUGCAAGUAACCACCUUCCAAAUACCUUGAUAAUAUUAGUAUAACUAGGUAGUUCGUGCAAGCAGAUCUAUCUUUUUGAUCUUGUCAUCAUCGUGGGAAUGGUCUCAUGUCAACGACAAUUAUUUUACAAUUUUAUAGAAGAUGAAGUCAACAACACUUUGUGUAGUAUCAUAUUAUACGUGCGAGUCAUGACUAAACUAAUUACCAACCGACGUGCAGCCCAUCCUGCUCCGUAUUUAAAACCAAUCUGUUUUAGCCUUUUGCCACUAUUGUCUUUGCCAAAUUAAUCAUCAUUAACAAAAAUGGCGACGCAAGUUCUCAGCUUCAGGGACGAUAGUAGCUUCAGGGACGAUAGUAGCUUCAGGGACGAUAGUAGUCAAGAGGAUUGGCAUGACUUUGAGGUUCUUGGUCGUGGAGACGAGCCCAAGAUUCUGAUCAAGAAGUCAAGUAUGCUGUCCGAUUCAGAGAGGCGGAUCUCCGUUGACCCGAAAUCGCUUUUAUCGAGGAACGAGAGCUUCGACAUGAUAACCUCACGGCCGAGAGAUAAUCAAACGAAGACGAAGUUUAUAAGCUGCAGCCUCCCGAACUCAGCAUCCACGUCACCUAGACACAACUCGAGUUGGAAGAACAGAACCACGGAGCAAGUUCUUGACCUAAUGCUCGUUCAAAACGCUGCCGUUUCGUUCGGAAGAAGCAAAUCUUGCGGGGAAGGACGUGCAUGCACGCCAUCCCUAGAUUUCGACAUGUUACUACGCAAAUCAAGAACUGGACAUCAUCAUUAUAAUCAUAACCAUCCGCAACACCAUGAUGAUGAUAAUGGCUUCUCUUCCUCUAACACCAAGAGUAGCGGAAACAACUCUUUCUUCUCGAAGACAGAGUCUAACAAAAGCAAUACCAGCACGGCGAACUCGAAAAGCAUCAAUAAGUUCGAAGACGGAUUCAAAUGCAGCGCGUUGUGUCUAUACCUACCCGGUUUUGGUAAAGGUAAACCGGUUAGGCCAUCAUCCCGAAAAGGUGAUUCCUCAAUCACUAGAACCACGACAAUGACUUCGACUCAUUCCAUGGCAAGAACUGCUUCUAUGAGAGACACUACGGUGCUCUCAGCUCGAGCCUCGCUAGAGAAGUUUGACUGCGGUUCGUGGACUUCUUCGGCUAUGAUUCACGAUGACAGUGUCGAUCUCGGUGGUCAUUUCUUCGACUUGCCUUCUGAACUGAUCAAAGGCGGUCCAGGUGGAAACGAUCAAGACGAUCCUGUUUCGGCGGCUUUCGUGUUCCACAAGGAACCUAGUUUGGAGAAAGAGAUUAAAGGGGUUUUGAAGACUUCUGGCUCGAAAUCGAGAAGAUCUAUGGAGUCGCCACUUCAUGUUCGGUUCUCAACUUCGUCUCCGGUAUCUUAUCCGACGUCUCCGAAUCAUUCAAUCACGCCACGGUUGUUACAAGCCACCGAGGAUUUUACUAGUUUCUUGGAAGCCCAAACCGUGUGAAUAAUAAAUGUGACGGAUUAACUUUUCUUCUUUUUUCUUUUAAUUUUAUUUUUUAUUGAUUAAUCGAAUGAAGUUAACUACAUUUUUAACCUUC